AUGAUUGUAUUUGGACAUAAAGAGGCAAAAAAUGUUUUUUUUGAGCGAGAUUUGGAGAGGAAAAAGCUUAGAAAGGCAUCAAUGGCUGUUAUAUUAUUGGAAUUGGUAUUAUCAUUGUUUUAUACUAUAACGCUGUCAAAAUAUCUUUCUAUGGUUGAAAAUAAUGAAAAUCAAAUAUAUGAUGUGAAUAUAUCUUAUUUUGAGUCAUUUAUGAAUAAAACGAUAUUUAGUAAAUUUUGUAGUCCUGGUAAUUUUGGUUUAGAGCAAUCUGGACGUGAAAUAAGUCUUCAACAAAAAUUGAAACAUAAGUUAUUCAAAUCGGAUGAAUUAUAUAAAUAUCAUGAUCAGUAUUUGAAACAUUACUUAGAAUUAGAACUAGAUUCAUGGUUAUUGACUUAUGAAUUAUCUUGCUUGGUACAAAGUUCUUUUCAAGAUAUCUUAGAAUUUCAAGAGGAUUUGAUAUAG